GAUCGGAUGCGCUCAGUGACGUAAGUUCCAAAAAUAACUUGCGAUGCUGAUGCUAUGUGUGGCGGAGUCUUGAAUGAUUGAGCAGUGUAAAAUUUAUCCACAUCGAAAGAGUGCUUAAAAUUUACCGGAAGAGUUGGGUGUAGAAGGUGCAGCCAUGGAGCAAAUAAACGCUCCCAAGGAGGUGAAAAUCCUUGAGAGUGCUGACGAUAUCCAGGAACGACGAGAACAAGUACUUACGUGGUAUGGAGAGUUCAAAGCUGAGGCUCGUUCCAAACGAGUGAAACUUGAGGACUCCAGAAGAUUCCAGUAUUUUAAACGAGAUGCUGAUGAACUGGAGCUCUGGAUCAAUGAGAAGCUUCAAGCUGCUUCUGAUGAAAGCUACAAAGAUCCUACUAAUCUUCAGGCUAAGAUUCAAAAACAUCAGGCAUUUGAAGCUGAAGUAGCAGCACACAGUAAUGCUAUCGUUGUUUUGGAUAAUACUGGAAUGGAAAUGAUAAACCAAGAACACUUUGAAUCUGCAGUUAUUGGGAAGAGGCUUGAUGAACUUCACCGUCUUUGGGAGCUGCUUCUCUCUAAACUUGCUGAAAAGGGAAUGAAAUUGCAGCAAGCUCUUGUUUUGGUUCAGUUUAUACGUCAGUGUGAUGAAGUCAUGUUCUGGAUCAAUGACAAGGAAACUUUUGUUACUACUGAUGAGUUUGGUCAUGAUCUGGAGCAUGUUGAAGUUCUCCAACGCAAAUUUGAUGAGUUCCAAAAGGACAUGGCCUCCCAGGAAUAUCGUGUAACAGAAGUUAAUGAACUUGCUGACAAACUUGUCACUGAUGGACACCCAGAAAAAGAGACUAUUACUCAAAGGAAGGAAGAGCUAAAUGAAAAGUGGGCCCACUUGAAGCAGCUGGCUCUAAUGAGACAGGAGAAGCUUUUUGGUGCUCAUGAAAUUCAACGAUUUAACCGUGAUGCAGAUGAGACUGUAGCAUGGAUCGCUGAAAAGGAUGUUGUUUUAUCCUCUGAUGACUAUGGGCGAGAUCUUGCAAGUGUCCAAACCCUGCAACGUAAGCACGAAGGAGUGGAGCGUGAUCUAGCUGCCCUUGAAGACAAAGUCUCUACGCUUGGUCAGGAAGCUGAGCGUCUCUGUGGUAUCCAUGCUCACCACUCUGAGCAAAUCAAGGCGAAACGAGCAGAAAUUGAGGAAUAUUGGGAAAAGCUUACUGCCAAAGCCAAGGAGCGUCGCUCAAAAUUGGAUGAGUCUUACCAUUUGCACCGCUUCAUGGCUGACUUCCGUGAUCUCAUUUCAUGGAUCAAUGGAAUGAAAACCAUCAUUUAUGCUGAUGAGCUGGCCAAAGAUGUUGCAGGUGCUGAGGCACUAUUGGAGAGACAUCAGGAACAUAAGGGUGAAAUCGAUGCUCGUGAAGACAGCUUCAAGGUUACUGCCGAAGCAGGACAACAGUUGUUGAGCCGCAAACAUUAUGCUGCAGAGGAUGUUGACAAUAAACUGCACCAGUUGUCUGAUGAGAAGACAUCUUUGCUGCAACUUUGGGAAGAAAGACGUAUUCUCUAUGAACAGUGCAUGGACUUGCAGUUGUUUUAUCGUGACACAGAGCAGGCUGAUACAUGGAUGGCAAAGCAAGAAGCAUUUCUGUCUAAUGAUGAUCUUGGAGAUUCCCUUGAUUCUGUUGAGGCCUUAAUCAAAAAGCAUGAAGACUUUGAGAAGUCCCUUGCUGCCCAAGAGGAGAAAAUUAAAGCUCUUGAUGAUUUUGCGACUAAGCUGAUAGAAGGACAGCACUAUGCAGCUGAUGAUGUUGCUCAGCGUCGAGCUAUGCUGCUGGAACGCCGUGCAGCCCUUCUAGACAGAUCCUCUCGACGUGCUGCAACUCUGCAUGAUGCCUAUCGUUUGCAGCAAUUUGAAAGAGAUUGUGAUGAAACUAAGGGUUGGAUUAACGAGAAGCUGAAGUUUGCAACCGAUGACAGUUAUCUUGAUCCAACCAAUCUCAAUGGAAAGAUGCAGAAGCAUCAAAACUUUGAACAGGAGUUGAAUGCUAACAAGUCUCGGAUGGAUGAAAUUACAUCUACAGGUCAAGAGCUCAUUGAGGACAAUCAUUAUGCUGCUGAUCGAAUCCAGUCUCGCAUGGACGAAAUUGUGGAACUUUGGGAGACCCUGAACCGUGCCACUGAGAAAAAGGGAUCAAAGCUGCAAGAAGCUUCCCAGCAGCAACAAUUCAAUCGUACUGUUGAAGAUGUUGAAUUGUGGCUCUCUGAAAUGGAGGGACAGCUCAUGAGUGAAGAUUAUGGGCGUGACCUUACAUCUGUCCAAAAUUUACAGAAGAAGCAUGCCUUGUUGGAAGCUGAUGUUGGAUCCCAUGCGGAUAGAGUUGAAGGUAUUCGCACAGCUUCUCAGCAAUUUGUUGAGCGAGGACAUUUUGAUGCAGACAACAUUAAGAGCAAGCAGGAAGGUGUCACAGAGCGAUAUGCUGCUCUUCAGAAACCCAUGUCAGUACGCAAGCAGCGUCUCUUGGAUUCGCUUCAAGUGCAACAACUAUUCAGAGAUGUUGAGGAUGAAGAAGCCUGGAUUCGGGAGAAAGAACCUGUGGCAGCAUCUACUAAUAGAGGCAGAGACCUUAUUGGUGUCCAGAAUCUGAUCAAAAAGCACCAAGCUGUCUUGGGAGAGAUCAAUAAUCAUGAAGGCCGAGUGGCAGCUGUUUGCCAGGCUGGUGAAAUUAUGAUUGGCGAUGGCCAUUUCGCAUCUGAGGAGAUCAAAAUGCGUAUCACUAAUCUGAAUGAGCAUUGGACUCAGCUCAAGGAAAAGGCACUUCAGCGUAAACAAGACCUGGAAGACUCUCUCCAGGCGCAUCAGUACUUUGCUGAUGCUAAUGAGGCUGAAUCCUGGAUGAAGGAAAAAGAACCAAUUGUCAACAACCAAGACUAUGGAAAAGAUGAAGACUCAAGCGAAGCUCUGCUGAAAAAACAUGAAGCUCUGGUUUCAGACUUGGAGGCAUUCGGCAACACCAUUCUUGUGCUUCGGGAGCAAGCUGCUGGUUGUCGGCAACAAGAGACCCCUGUGAUGGAUAUUACCGGUAAGGAGUGUGUUAUGGCGCUGUAUGACUAUGCUGAGAAAUCGCCUAGAGAGGUGUCUAUGAAAAAAGGUGACAUGCUUACUUUGCUGAAUUCCAACAACAAGGAUUGGUGGAAAGUUGAAGUAAACGACCGUCAAGGUUUUGUUCCUGCUGCUUAUGUGAAAAAAAUGGACGCCGGACUCACAGCAUCUCAACAGAACUUGGCUGAUUCCAGCUCAAUUUCUGCUCGCCAAGGGCAAAUUGAGACUCAGUAUGAUAAUUUGCUGGCUCUUGCCCGCGAGAGGCAGAAUAAACUGAAUGAAACUGUGAAAGCCUAUGUGCUUGUUCGUGAAGCAGCUGAACUUGCCACGUGGAUCAAGGAUAAGGAAAACCAUGCUCAAGUUCAAGAUGUUGGUGAAGACUUGGAACAGGUGGAAGUUAUGCAAAAGAAGUUUGAUGAUUUCCAAGCUGAUCUUAAGGCAAAUGAAGUUCGUCUUGCAGAAAUGAAUGAAAUAGCAAUGCAGCUUAUGAGCCUUGGUCAGACUGAAGCUGCCCUAAAGAUACAGACACAGCUGCAGGAUCUUAAUGAGAAGUGGAGCUCUCUUCAGACUCUCACUGCUGAGCGUGCCACUCAGUUGGGCUCCGCUCAUGAAGUGCAAAGAUUCCACCGUGAUGUUGAUGAGACUAAAGAUUGGAUUCAAGAGAAAGAUGAAGCCCUUAACAAUGAUGAUCUUGGCAAGGACCUGCGCUCUGUUCAAGCCUUACAGCGCAAGCAUGAGGGUCUAGAAAGAGAUCUCAAUGCACUGGGUGAUAAGAUCCGUCAACUUGAUGAGACUGCUAACCGCCUUAUGCAGACUCACCCUGACACUGCUGAUCAGACAUAUUCAAAGCAAAGGGAAAUAAAUGAAGAGUGGACUCAACUAACUGUUAAAGCAAACAGCCGCAAAGAGAAACUGCUUGACUCUUAUGAUCUUCAACGCUUUUUGGCUGACUAUCGAGACCUGAUGUCUUGGAUCAGCAGCAUGAUGGGACUAGUUUCAAGCGAUGAGCUUGCAAAUGAUGUCACUGGAGCAGAGGCUCUUCUUGAGCGACACCAGAGCCAUCGUGCAGAGAUCGAUGCCCGUUAUGGGGUGGUCCCACAGGAACAUCGUACUGAAAUUGAUGCUCGAGCUGGCACCUUCCAAGCUUUCGAACUGUUUGGCCAGCAACUUCUUCAGUCAGGCCACUAUGCAAGUGUGGAAAUUCAAGAGAAAAUGGAAAGUAUGACUGAAGCACGCCAAGAAUUGGAGAAGGCUUGGAUAGCUCGUCGUAUGCAGCUUGACCAGUGCCUUGAGCUCAUGCUAUUCUACCGCGACUGUGAGCAGGCGGAAAACUGGAUGUCAGCCAGGGAAGCUUUCUUGGCUUCAGAAGAAGUUGACUCGAAAGGUGACAAUGUUGAAGCCCUCAUCAAAAAGCAUGAAGACUUUGACAAAGCUAUCAAUGCUCACGAGGAAAAGAUUGCUGCUCUUCAAACACUUGCUGAUCAACUAAUGGCAGCAGAACAUUACGCUGCUCCUCAAAUUGAUUCCAAACGCAAGCAAGUUCUGGAUCGCUGGCGCCAUCUCAAGGAAGCUCUCAUUGAAAAACGAUCUAAGCUUGGAGAAAGCCAGACCCUACAACAGUUUUCUCGUGAUGCUGAUGAGAUGGAGAACUGGAUUGCAGAGAAACUGCAGCUGGCCACUGAAGAGUCCUACAGGGAUCCUGCCAACAUUCAGAGCAAACACCAAAAACAUCAAGCAUUUGAAGCUGAACUUGCAGCCAAUGCUGACCGUAUUCAAAGUGUUUUGGCUAUGGGUCAGAAUCUAAUUGAGAAGCGGCAAUGUGCUGGUUCAGAAGAAGCUGUUCAGCGCCGCCUUGCAUCCAUUGCUGACCAAUGGGAGUUCCUCACUCACAAGACAACAGAAAAAUCUCUUAAACUGAAGGAAGCUAACAAGCAAAGGACUUACAUUGCAGCAGUUAAAGAUUUAGACUUUUGGUUGGGUGAAGUCGAAUCUCUUUUGACAUCAGAAGAUGCUGGAAAGGAUUUGGCAUCCGUUCAAAAUCUCAUCAAGAAGCACCAGCUAGUUGAAGCCGAUAUUUCUGCUCAUGAUGAUCGCAUCAAAGAUAUGAAUGGUCAAGCUGAUUCUUUGAUUGAAAGUGGCCAGUUUGACACAGCUAGCAUUCAAGAGAAACGACAGUCUAUUAACGAACGAUACGAGCGCAUCAAGAACCUGGCAGCCCAUCGUCAGGCUCGUUUGAGUGAAGCAAACACACUUCAUCAGUUCUUCAGAGACAUUGCUGAUGAAGAAUCAUGGAUCAAAGAGAAGAAACUACUCGUUGGUUCUGAUGAUUAUGGACGAGAUCUAACUGGCGUUCAAAACUUGAAAAAGAAGCAUAAGCGAUUGGAAUCUGAGCUGGCUUCGCAUGAGCCAGCCAUUCAGGCAGUACAGGAGGCUGGAGAGAAACUUAUGGAUGUUAGCAAUCUUGGAGUUCCAGAGAUUGAACAGCGUCUGAAACUUUUAAACCAGGCUUGGUCAGAGCUUAAACAACUAGCCGCCUCUAGAGGCCAAAAGCUUGAUGAAUCCCUCACUUACCAGCAGUUCUUGGCCAAAGUUGAAGAGGAGGAGGCAUGGAUAAGUGAGAAGCAGCAGCUUUUGUCUGUUGAUGACUAUGGUGACACAAUGGCUGCUGUGCAAGGCCUGUUGAAGAAGCAUGAUGCUUUUGAAACGGACUUUGCGGCUCAUCGCGAUCGUUGUGCUGACAUCAGCUCAGCUGGAUCAGAAUUGGUUGAGGCGGGCAACCACCAUGCAGACUCUAUCACUCAACGCUGCCAGCAGUUGGAGAAGAAGUUGGAGAAUUUGGCUGCUUUGGCUCAAAAUCGACAUGCCAAUUUGAUGGAUAAUUCUGCUUACCUCCAAUUUAUGUGGAAGGCAGAUGUUGUUGAGUCCUGGAUUGCAGACAAAGAGACCCAUGUUCGCUCUGAAGAGUUUGGUAGAGAUUUAUCUACAGUUCAAACCCUCUUAACUAAACAAGAGACAUUUGAUGCAGGUCUCCAUGCAUUUGAACAUGAGGGCAUUCAGAACAUUUCUGCACUUAAAGAACAGCUGAUUGCUGCUCAACAUGCCCAGACUCAAGCUAUUCAGAAGCGACAUGCCGAUGUAAUUGCUCGCUGGCAGAAAUUGUUGUCUGAUUCAGCUGCUCGCAAGCAACGUUUGCUUCGCAUGCAGGAACAGUUCCGCCAGAUUGAAGAUUUGUAUCUUACUUUCGCAAAGAAAGCAUCAGCAUUCAACUCUUGGUUUGAAAAUGCUGAAGAAGAUUUAACUGACCCUGUGCGCUGCAACUCUAUUGAAGAAAUUCGUGCUCUUAGAGAGGCUCAUGCACAGUUCCAAGCAUCACUUACUUCAGCUGAGGCAGACUUUUCUGCUUUGGCAGAACUUGAUCAACAAAUUAAAAGCUUCAAUGUAGGGCCUAACCCUUACACAUGGUUUACUAUGGAGGCUUUGGAAGACACAUGGAGGAACUUGCAGAAGAUCAUCAAGGAACGAGAUACUGAGUUAGCCAAGGAAGCCAAGAGACAAGAGGAAAAUGAUAAGCUGCGGAAGGACUUUGCCAAACAUGCUAACCAAUUCCACCAGUGGCUCACUGAGACAAGAUUUCGCCUCCUUGGCUGGGAUGGAACAUCAAUGAUGGAGGGUUCUGGAUCUUUGGAACAGCAACUAGAAGCCACAAAGCGCAAAGCCACGGAUGUCCGUGCCAGACGUUCUGACCUCAAGAAAAUUGAAGAUCUUGGAGCUAUUCUUGAAGAACACCUAAUUCUUGACAACCGCUACACUGAGCAUAGUACUGUCGGGCUGGCUCAACAGUGGGAUCAACUGGAUCAAUUAGGUAUGCGAAUGCAGCACAAUCUUGAACAGCAAAUUCAAGCUCGAAACCAAUCGGGUGUUAGUGAAGAUGCUCUUAAGGAGUUCUCAAUGAUGUUCAAACACUUCGACAAGGAUAAGAGUGGCCGACUCAACCAACAAGAGUUCAAAUCAUGUCUCCGCGCGCUUGGGUAUGAUCUACCCAUGGUUGAAGAGGGGCAACCUGACCCAGAAUUUGAAAACAUUUUGGAUGUUGUUGAUCCCAACCGUGAUGGAUAUGUUUCACUGCAAGAGUACAUGGCCUUCAUGAUCAGCAAAGAAACUGAAAAUGUGCAGAGCUCUGAAGAAAUUGAAAAUGCCUUCAGAGCUAUUACAGCUGGAGACAGGCCUUAUGUGACCAAAGAAGAGCUAUAUGCUAACCUUACUAAGGAAAUGGCAGACUAUUGUGUGGAUCGUAUGAAACCUUAUGUUGAUGCCAAAACGGAGAGGCCGAUCCCUGGAGCUAUGGAUUACAUAGAAUUCACCAGGACCUUGUUCCAAAACUAGGCCAUCUGCACACUGCCCAAUCAUUGUCAUUUGCUUUGUUGGCUAUUUUAAUUAUUUAUAAAUAUUUUUUAGUAUAGUGAAUAUUUUAUCUUUAUUCAUUUCUUAACACUCUUCAGAUAUUACAUAUUUGUGUAGCUUAGAGAGGUGAUGGAUAGAAAGGCAGCUUCCUUGAAAGGAAUUCACAGUGGGUAGUCAUGACUAGUUGACUAUAGGAAGUAGCGCUUUUGCUUUCAUAAAAUUUUGAUGAACAUUAAAGUUUGUGUCUUUAUUACCUUUGUACCUUUCAUACUAUCCCACACCCAUCCCUCAAUAUGGCCAUCAUACCUUAUAAGCAACUUUUGCUGACUUUUUGUACCCAGUAAAGUUUGUGAAAGUGCCUGCAUGCCCUUUAUUCAAGAAUUGCGUUAAGUGCUUUGUAGGACUGGAAGUGUGCGAGGAUAAUUAAAUUUUGUGCCUCAUCACCAUUGACAUAUUUUGUCUUCAGCAAGUCAUUGUUAAAGCUUAUUUAACUUUCUUUUCUGAUGUUUAAAAAUUGUAUUUUGAGAAAAUACAAAUGUGCUCUAUUUGCAGAAGUUUCAUCUCUGGAACAUUGUGACUAAUAAGCAUUUGGGAACUGACUUGGCUUAUGCAAGAACUGUUAUUUCGUCAUGCUGUCUUAUCGAAAAAUAAAAUCAUCACUAACCCUG